UGUGACUCUAAUAUUAGUACAUGAAUAUAUCUCAUAACCACGCAUAUAUACAUAUUCUCCAGUGAGGUGUGGACACUUGUCAGGUAACUCAGAUCAAUGUAUAAGAGAGGCACUGAGAGUACCUAGUUGAAGACGGGACAAGCGUAGUCUAGUUCGAUAUUUAGAUAUAGAAUUUACAAUACCUAUCAUUAUGGAUAACUCUAAUCCAUUACUAUUAGCGUUGAAAGACGAGCUGGACGAUGUGUUGCAAGCAUUAGUCACUCGACAGACAAUUAACGUCGAGUGGCCCAACUACCCAUCGCAGUUAAUGUGGAAUCUCAAUGUGUCACCACAAUGGGAUUGCAUGCUGCUGUACACAGUCACUUUCGAAGAAAUAUCCAGCCACAUGGGCGUUAUAUUUUAUCCUAAGUUCAACCGAGUGAUGACCCGUGAUUACCACGCGGUGGGCACCCCACAACGGGCGUGGCAGGAUUCGGUAGAGACAUUUUUAGAAAUUAACCGUCAGCCUGACCGGUUUGUGGACAUGAAGACUCUACUAACAGACCUGGACGAUCAACUCACCGCCACACAGAACUCAGCCAAAGGCGGCCGCGCCUCACUGGGGAGACGCCGUAGUUCCGCACUGUCCUACGAUUUUAGAUCUCCGUUUGAUUCCGGUGCCACCAGUGGCAGUGGAAAGAACUCGCCUGCGCCAGGGCCCCCCACCCCACGUGGCAGCAAUGCGGGAGAGAAGAAGAACACGCGCCCGUUAGUCACCGUGCCUGUUGGCUUGCCGAAUGCGAAGAAUCAGAACCUGUGCUUCAUGAACUCGGUGAGCCAGGCCCUCGCGCACAGUUUCUUCAACGGCAAGCUGCGUCCUCUGUUGGCCCAGCUGUCGCACAGAGAGCCCACCGACCCUGCGGUUGCUAAGAAACAGCCCGUGGUGAAGACGCUGUACCCGCUGUUGGAAUCCCUGGCCAACAAUGCGAAAGCCAAAAGCAAGGACGAGCCACAGAAGUGCAUGGACGCGUUCCGGGUGGCGAUGUCGGCCUUCCCCGAGUCCAAUGUGCAGAAGCCCAAGUCUGGGGUUAAGCAGCAACAGCAGGAUGUGCACGAGUGGCUGACAUUUGUACUACAGACGCUCGAAGCGGUCGCGGCCACAUCUGAGGAGAGACUAAUCAACUUUGAUACCUUUGACGAUCUGAUUAAAGGCACGGCGACAGUACACGAGGUGAUGGCAGACCUACAAUGGAACGAGCGCUUCUCUGUGGGGGCAGCGCAGUUUGCGGCCAGUCUGGCGUACCAGACCAUCACCGCGUACUAUUGCGGUAACUGCCGGGUGGUCACUCAGGUACGUCCGGAUAUAAAUAACAUUCUCAGUCUGUCUGUGGGGAGUGAGACGUCGGAGACCACUGUGCAGGCGCUGUUUAAUGAGACGGUCAGCUCCGAGCCGUUGGAUGGGUGGCGGUGUGGGGCGUGCAACACAUCGCACCCAGACACAUCGCGAAUCAACAAGUUCUUCCGUAUGCCGACGUUCCUGAUUGUGCAUAUUGUGCGCACGCAGUUGGACAUGACUACCGGCGAACUGGGCAAGUCACAGCGACCCGUGCGUAUCGGAAACAUUACCUGUGAACUACCCACACAGUUGCUACCGAGGCAGGCUAGUGAGAAGAAACACGCGUUAGUCACCUACUCGCCAGUGUCGGUAGUAACUCAUCUGGGCGCCGAGAUGCGCUCAGGACAUUACACAUGUUUUAGCUCACUGGAGAAUAAGACGAUUCUGUUCGAUGAUGAUACGAUAUCUGACUUUGGAACGGAUGUGCCGGAGAAACACACGGAGAUUUUGCAGAAGAAUUCGGCUCUUAUUUUCUAUAUCCGGGAAUAGAAAAUACUUAUAUAUCCUGUACUUAAAUCCGCCUAGCAGCAGUAGUAAUCAAAUGUAAAUAAAGUUGAAUGACAUACUGAAGUUUGAAU